AUGAACACGGACAAACGUGUGUUUCCCCCCGAAGGGCCGUUUAGAGAGACGUGUAACGCAAGUCCGGCCGGGACGCCACUGCUGAUGUUGAUGAAACAUCUGAAUGAGCAUCUUGAGGGAAUCCGUUAUCGGAUAAACCCGCCGUUCUCCUGCUCUCUGCGGAUGAUCCGUGUGGCUCCACGGUUAUAUGAGCUGGAUAACGACCCGCACAGGAAGGAGUUCCUGGACGACCUUUUCACCUUCAUGCAGAAACGAGGGACUCCGGUGAACAGGAUCCCCAUUAUGGCGAAGCAGGUUCUGGAUCUGUACAUGCUGUAUAAGCUGGUGACGGAGAAGGGUGGACUGGUGGAGGUCAUCAACAAGAAGAUCUGGAGAGAGAUCACCAAGGGUCUCAACCUGCCCAUGUCCAUCACCAGCGCUGCAUUCACGCUCCGCACGCAGUAUAUGAAGUAUCUGUAUCCGUACGAGUGCGAGCGGAAAGCGUUGAGUUCUCCCGGCGAGCUGCAGGCCGCUAUCGACAGCAACCGACGUGAAGGCCGUCGACCCAGUUACAGCAACAGCCUGUUCCGCUUUAGCCCCUCCCCCGGCUCCGCCCCUCACCUCCUGACCCCGCCCAAGAUGCACCUGUCAGCGCUGGGGGCCAUGGGGGCCCUGAACGGACUGCAGGCAUCCCCGGGGCCAUCUCUGAAGAAGGGACUGGACGAUGCCGUCUCGUCUCUGCUGGCGGGCCGCUCGUCCUCCGUGGCGCUGGUGUUUGGGCAGCAGCAGGCGGCGGGUCUGGCCCGGGCCGCAACACUGGAGCAGCUCCGAGAGAAGCUGGAGACGGAGGCACCGGAGAGGAAGAUGGCGCGUCUGGCCGAGGAGCAGCAGAGACUUAUGCAGCAGGCCUUCCAGCAAAACCUGCUCGCCAUGGCCUCGCAGAUCCCCGUCAACCUGCGGCUCGGAGCUCCAGCCCGGGAUGAGAAGCAGGAUCUGGCCGUGAGUAUUUCCUCCAGCGGAGCGGCGAGUGUCAGCGUGUCGGUGGAAGUCAACGGCAUCGUUUACUCAGGAACUCUGUUCGCUCAGAAGUCGGCGGCUGCAGCUGCGAGUGUGAAUGCUCCUCCAGCAGGACCCAACUUCACCUUCUCUAGCUCCGCCCCCAGCCAAAGCCCCGCCUCUUCCUCCUCCUCCAAGGGGCGGAGCUCCCCGUAACCGUCUGCCGGUUGGCUCUCAAGUCACUGAUUGCUGAAAAUCAAACUGUUGCACAACCAGUACCUCAUUUUCUCCUGUCCGCAUGUUUGCAGCAUGAACACACAUGCAAAAAA